CCUAAGACCUGCCGCAAAGAGUCCGAUCUCGGGAAUAAUAAUAGCCUCCUGUUGAUCGACCUCCUGUUUCUCGUUUUGACGUUGUCCGUUUGAAACCCUUUACCAUUUCGGCGGCAUUCUAUACACUCGUUUACCUCUUUCGACGUUGUCCUUUCCCUCUCUCUUUCUCUCUCAUAUCUCUCUCUCUCCUUCCUCGCCAUCCGCGGUUACGUGGGCUGGGCAGCAUCGUACAUAGCUGGCGUGGUUAACUACUUGUACAAUACAGUAUUUGGAGAAUUUUGUCUCGUUCAUUCUCUAAAAACAACACACUCUCUCACCAGUCUUUUCUUCUCUCACCGCUUUAUUCUUCUUGGCCAUUUUCAAGUCUGCCUCCGACCGCGAUUGUUUGGUCAAACGCUCCAUUAGUCCCGGCGUCACUUGACAAGUGUAUUCCUUUGGCUCUUCGAUAAUUGGUUCUACAAUUCUCGUCUUGAUCAUUUUUUUCCCAUCGGGCUACGGAUGGUUCUACUGGCCCUGAACAGGUCAACUUAAUACGUUGCUCACCAAUACUAAUAUCUCACGAUGGUACAAAAUUCAACCCAGCACCGAGCCGGAAGCACAGUAUCAUUGCCCGAGAUGGGAAGAAUAUACAAACAUACCUAUGGACAAAACCACGAACGAAAGCAUCAAUUUCGUCCGCGUGUGCACGGGAGGUACUUGUGGAUACAGCUUUCCAUUCUCUUUAUCUUAAUGGUUUGCCAGAGGGGGCGCGCUUUAGACGUCGAAUAUUGUUCGAACGUCAAUACUGGAUCCUCUUACCCAGCAGGCAUCGACUGAAAUGUUCCAGAGUCAUGGCCUUUGUUUCGAUACCUGUAAAGCCAAAUAUGCGUUUGCCGUUGUCCAAGGAUCAAAAUGCUGGUGCUCCGACUAUAUCCCAGCUUCAACCACUACUGGGUGUGAUGAAAUUUGCCCUGGUUAUAGUUUGGAGAGUUGUGGGAAUACUAAAAAAGGUCUAUUUGGGUACAUUUCUUUACCAAAUGCUCCUAAGGGGACCGCAGGCGGCUUAUCAACGACCGCCUCCCAGACAUCCACCUCCUCGUCCAGCGCAUCGAGUUCCUCGACCUUGGCUAAGUCCACUUCUACCCAAUCUACCUCGACCGAAGCUACUUCUACGCCAUCCGUAAGUGUUGUGACUUCAGUUGGCGGUUAUAAGACCGUAACGCUCGCUCCCACCGAGCAAACACCCACACCCACACCAACAAAUCGGGUAGCAACCUCAGAUUCCUCCAAUGGGAGCUUUUUCUCAAAACCUGGUCAAGUUGCUGGGUUGUUUGUUGGUCUUGCUCUCGGAAUAAUUCUUGUUGUUGCUGCACUCUUGUUCUUCUGCUACCGACGGAAUAACCAGAGAGCUGCUUUCCAUAACGUCGACUCUGGCAGUGCGGCAAUGACUGAUGUUGCUGGGAGGGGUACGUUUGGUAGACGAAGGAGGUCCCGCUCUAUGAGCACUUUGGGGCUCAUAGGGGAAAAGGGAGGAACAGCUAUUAAUAACACCACCCCCACUUCGAAUGCGAACAACUUCUCUGGACUGCCCGCUGCCGAGGCUGGCAAAUCAACAACCACUGCUCAGCCUGACCGCUUAAUAGAUCAACGGCUUGACCCUAACCAAAUAUAUCUGCGCUAUGACCCAGACACCGGCAGUUCGCGGAUGAGUCUUGCAAAUCCCGACGAUUAG